UACGACUGAUGCACAGAUAGCCCGCAUGCGUAAAAAUAUUAUUUCUGCACAUUCUAAACAACCGUGAGGGGAUCCACUUGCAUAAAACAGGUUCCCUUAUAAACAGAACUCUGACCAACAUUCAACUAGUUAAUCGACGAACGCGAGCCUGCGCACGUGUUUGUAAGCAUUCAAGAUGAAUCGUUUGGUGAUAUUGUUUCUCGCUGUGAUCGUUAACUCUGCGUCGAGUAAAACGAUCUUGGGUACUCCUGCAGCUCAAGGAACGACUUGCGCGACAGUGGAGUUAGUAGCCGCUAAACCGCAUGAGAACAACGUGACAGGAAGUCUAAACUUCCGUCAAGAAGGACAAAACGGUCCGGUUAAAAUCGUUGGUACGAUACACGGUCUCGCCAAAGGGUUACACGGUUUCCACGUGCACCAAGAUGGAAAGCUAGGCAACGGCUGCCUCGAUGCAGGUCCACAUUUCAAUCCUCAUAUGGUGCACCACUGUGGACCAGACUGCUCCGAAAGACACGUCGGUGAUUUGGGCAACAUUUGGGCAGAUGCUUGUGGGACAGCUUCAAUAGACAUUACAGACUCUGUGAUUUCCCUUCACGGUGACCACAGCAUUGUUGGGCGUGCUAUCGUAGUUCAUUCCGGCGAAGAUGACUUGGGAACCGGAAGUAACCUAGAGUCUCUGAAGACUGGAAAUGCUGGAGGUCGCCUAGCUUGUGGCACCAUUGCUCUUGAAUGUUCAAGAAUGGAUUAGUAAGAUUAUUAUGAUAUUUAAAAUUCAUGAUAUGUUUAUAUACAUGUAUACCUAGAUUUUUUAUAAAAUUCUCCGAAACGAAUUUGUACACAUAUACGAGGUAUAAAAAUGAAAUUAUACAUAAAUAAAUUGUGAAGACAAA